AAGGCGCGACAGGAAAUGCGCGAGCACACGGCGGCCACAAAAUGGUGUACUCGGUCGGGAUUGUUCUCGCUACGCUCCUAGUGGCUGGUUUGGCUUUGCCAACGCCCGACAUUGACGUAAGUCAGUUCUAUGGCCACUCAGAUCCCACGGGGCGUAUCGUGGGCGGUUCAAACGCAGGCAAUGUGCCGUUCAUGGUAGCGCUCUCGAGCGGGCUGAUCUCACGCUCGUUCCUGUGCGGUGGCUCGCUGGUGGGCCGGCGCCGCGUGCUUACCGCCGCGCACUGCAUCGCCGCCGUUUUCUCCGGAGGUUCGCUCACCAAUUCCCUCCGCGGCACGGUGGGCACCAACCGCUGGAACUCCGGGGGCACGAGCUUUAACUUUGCGCGCAACAUAACACAUCCUAACUACGUGGCGGGACCUAUCAAGAACGAUAUCGGACUACUGGUGACCUCCUCUGAUGUCGCUCUCAGCAACUCCGUACAAAUUGUCGCACUCAACUAUGAUUUCAUCGGCGCUAAUGUCGGCACCACCGUGUACGGUUGGGGAAGGAUUAGGCAAGGCGGGCAGAGCUCAGCGACGUUGUUGCAGCUGAACAAGAACACGUUCGAUGGCGCUCGCUGCGUCACCGACGUGGCACGCAUGGCUCAGCAACUGAACAUCCGCGCACCUGCCGUCCAGCCGCACAUCGAGAUCUGCACCUUCCACUCCGCCAACCACGGAACUUGUCAUGGUGAUAGCGGCGGGCCGCUAGUGCUGCGCAGCAACGGAAGACAGAUCGGCAUCGUGUCAUGGGGGCUGCCGUGCGCACGCGGCGCGCCGGACAUGUUCGUGCGCAUCAGCGCCUACCGCAGCUGGCUACAAUCCAACUUGUAAAUUAGACAAAGAAUAUACGAACUCAUAUUGUUUUAGUGCUUUUAUUUUACACCAAACUGUUGGUAUUAGAACUAUUAAGGGGAUUA